CAGAAAACAGGAAAUUAAGUAAUAUUGCAGGAAAUAUGUCGACGUCAUGAAAUUACCUUUCUUUUCUAUUUUUUUUCUCUUGGGCGGAAUGGAUUUAAACUAUUUAAAGUGACACUUUUUGCAGGGUACUAAUAGAUCAACACCUUUUUCUUGCAUCACUGGCUUUAUUACACUUCUGGUGGCAAUGGCAUCUGUUGUAAAGAGUCAAGGAAAUGUUGUACAAGUUGUAUCCAUCAGAGGUUCUGGAGAUGGAAUGGAAACUGAAGAUUCUUCCGAAACUUCAGAAGUUUUACCUGAGACUAUUGUAGACAAAGUCCAUGUCCGUCACUGCCCACAGGCUAAAUCUAUAGCCGUCUGCAACCAAAGUCCUGGAGUUCUACAGCUGGGGAAGAUUCAGGCAGAUAAAAGUAUAGAAGUUGAAGCUGUUCGCAUUUUGGUUCCCAAAGCUGCCAUAAGCCAUGUCACUCUUCGAAAAAAUGGCAAAUUCACUGAUCCAUCAGGAUGCCAUAAGUCUGAGCUACUGACGCAGACUGAUGAUGUAACCGAUUCCAAAAAGGAGGCACUAGAGCUAGAAAAACUAAAAAAUUCUGAAAGGAGAUUGCUUCAAGAUAAGGAAGGCCUAUCUAACCAGCUAAAGGUGCAAACAGAGGUCAAUCGAGAACUGAAGAAAUUACUUGUUGCAUCUGUUGGAGAUGACUUAGAAUAUCACUUUGAGCGUAUGGCACGAGAGAAAAACCAGCUAAUACUAGAGAAUGAAACACUGACAAAAAACUUGGUCCAUACUUCAGAACAGUUAGAAAGGAUGACAAUACAGUGUGAUGUGUGGCGUAGCAAGUUUCUUGCAAGCAGAGUGAUGGCAGAGGAGCUAGGAAAUGUGAGGACAGCAAUGCAAAGGCAAAUCAGAGAAGCCCAUAGUGCCAUUCAGGAUCUUCUAAGUGAACGAGAGCAGUUUCGUCAAGAAAUGAUUGAAACGCACAGGUUGCUGGAGCAGUUGAUUGUUUCUUUACAGUGGGGAAGACCACAGACUUAUUAUCCUUGUGGACAACCUCAGAAUACUGCUGAGCUGAUCUUGGCAAAUCAGAAACUGGCUAAGUCGGUUCAUUCUCAUCUUCUUGGCAGUGUAAAUUCCUUCCCUUCUAAAAAAGCAUCUGCACCAGUAGAGCCUUGCAGCACACCUGCAGAGAAGAUGGCUGAAAUGGUUUUAAGGAAACUAGAUCCAGUUACUUGUAAGCAACAGUUCUCAGAAGAAAAAUCAUUUUCUGCAUCUUCAGUACCUCCUUUCCUUUCCCCCAGAAAGAGUAUUGGAAGAUUUCAUCCAUAUACCAAUUAUGAGAAUAUUACAUUUAACUGCUGCACUCGAUGCUCUGGUGAACUGAUUGUUCUGUAAUAUGCAUUGCAAGUUAUUCUUAACAUGUUUACAAUAUUUUUUUAAUCUUUAAAAUAUUGCUGCAUAAAAUUAAAAAAAUAAACGGGUAGACUGUA